AUGAGACCCUUGAUUAUUCUUGCUUUGGUUGGCGUUGCAAUCGCCGGUAACCUUGGAGGAGGCGGCGGCGGCGGCGGCUUCGGAGGUGGCUUCGGAGGCGGUUUCGGAGGUGGCCACGGAGGCGGAGGUGGCCAUGGAGGUGGCGGCGGCGGUGGAGCUGUGCACAGAUUCCUUGUGACCACUACAACCACACAUGGUGGUGGAGGCGGUGGUGGAGGCGGCGGCGGCGGCGGCUUCGGUGGAGGUCACGGUGGAGGAUUUGGCGGAGGAUUUGGCGGAGGUGCUGGAGGAGGAUUCGGCGGUGGUGGCGGAGGACACGGUGGUGUUGGCGUAGGAAGCACCGCCUCGUACAAGGGUAGCACCAUCUACGUGCUUAAGCCCCGACCAGUCGGCGGCGGCGGCGGAGGCGGUGGCGGCUACGGCGGUGGAGCCGGAUGGCAGCCCAGUGGUGGAGGCGGCGGCGGCGGAUGGCAGCCCAGUGGUGGUGGAUGGCAGUAA